GACGGUGUCGUAUAAUAGCCGCCUGUGACGAACGAAGAUGAAAGAGAGAAGGAAAAUGCAUUGAAUUUUGUAGCCUCAGCUCCCUAAUAUCGGACCAAAAAGCCCAUUCUCUCUCUCUCUCCUUUCGCUCUCCAUCUGCCUCUCUCUCCCUGCUUUCUCAGCAAACAAACAAACCCUAACCCAAAUCUCCCUCUCUAAUUCUCUCUAUUUAUUUUUAUUGUCUCCAAUUAACCUUUCCAUGCUUUGAUCCAUCAAACCGUACUCUCUCUAGUAAAUGUCAGAUUAAAAAUGUCAGCUUUAACUUCCAUUUCCAAAACCCUAACAAGGGUUGGUGCAGGUGGUGGUGGAAGUGUUGCCACCCUUCAAAUGCAAUUGGGUCCUUACUCAAAUGCAUUGUUUUGUACUUUAUCGGCCGCGGCCAUCUCUCAAACACCUUCAACUUUCACUCCUCAAUCUCAAGGUGUUCAUGUGCGAGAAAAAGAGAGAAUAUCAAAAUGGUCAAAAUGGUUGCUUUUUCUACCUGGAACUAUCACUUUUGGCCUUGGAACUUGGCAGAUCUUUAGAAGGCAGGAGAAGAUCAAAAUGCUGGAUUAUAGACAGAAGAGAUUGGCAGUGGAGCCUAUGAAGUUUGAUGACAUAUCCCCAUCAAGUGAACAAUUGGAUACUUUGGAGUUCAGGAGGGUGGCAUGCAAAGGUGUUUUGGAUGAGAAAAGAUCAAUCUUUGUUGGUCCACGUUCUAGAAGUAUAUCUGGAGUGACUGAAAAUGGCUAUUAUGUCAUUACACCCCUAAUGCCUAUCCCCAACAACCCUGAGAGUGUGCGGUCACCAAUUCUGGUCAAUAGAGGAUGGGUCCCUCGUAUUUGGAAGGAAAGGUCCUUAGAAAUUUCACAAGAUGACGAACAGCCUUCCUUAGCUGCCCAAAAGGGUGAAAGAAUCUCGUGGUGGAAGUUUUGGUCCAAGAAGCAAAAAGUGGUUGAGGAUCAAAUUCCAUCUCUCACUUCUGUAGAAGUUGUUGGAGUGAUUCGAGGGAGUGAAAAGCCUAGCAUUUUUGUUCCAGAAAAUGUUCCAAUGUCUGGCCAAUGGUUCUAUAUUGAUGUUCCUGCUGUUGCUCAUGCUUGUGGACUUCCUGAAAAUACCAUCUAUGUGGAAGACAUCAGUGAAAAUAUUAGUUCAUCAUGCCCCUAUCCUCUUCCGAAGGAUGUCAAUACCUUGAUACGCAGUUCAGUCAUGCCACAGGACCAUCUCAACUAUACAUUGACAUGGUAUUCGCUAUCUGCUGCUGUUACAUUUAUGGCUUUCAAGAGACUAAAUCCACGGAGAAGCUGGAAAUAGCAAAGUCUAUGGGGUAAGAGAUGUGUAUUUUCUGAUAACUUCCGAUCCUAAAUUUUGUGCAAGAUUGAAGGAGUAUGAGCUGCUCAAUAAAUUCAUUUGAUUGGUCUAUUUUUGCGGCAAUUUCUGAUGUCAUCGGUUUGUGGUAGUCCUAGAUUGAAAUUUCUGAACACACUUUUGGUGAAAGCUGCUUUCAGCUUGGCCUAUCCUUUUCCUUUUAUAUUGAUAUAGUAAAGAACAAUGUACAUUUCAGUUUAACUGAUGAUAUGAAAAUAGACAGGAUAGUGAAACUUGUGACAACUGUCUUAUGUAGUUGAAAAUUUAACUGUCACAUGAAAUACUCUUGAUACAAUAAAGUUCUUAUUGUAUUUUC